AUGGAUCAACAAAACCAGUCCGGGGUCCCUGGCCCCGCUGGGCGCAAGCUCCAUAUCGCUCACCGGAGAAGUCCAUCUGAGCUUACCCCUCUGAUGAUGGAACAACUCGCCAUUCAACAACAGAUUGAACUGCUUCAGCAGCAGCAACAGCAAAUCGCUGCCACACACCAACAGUACGUGAACAUGGGCCUGCUCCAGCCUCAACAGCUGGGCCAGGUCAACGCAUUCUCUCCCGGUGGUUCUAUGGGUGGUGUUUCUCCUCAAGUCAAUGCCUUCCAGUUCCCUCAACAGCAACAAGGGCAACAGCAGCUUGGGGUGCCAAUGAACCAACCGAAUCAUUCCCACCGUCGCAACCAGUCCGCCCUUCCUGGCCUCGCUAUGGGCCCUCCUCCUGCUCCUUCUUCGGGUGCUUCUGGAUAUGCUGAUUACAACCAGCAAGGCCACAAUAAUCAGAAGAAUGAGAAUAAUGCCCAUGGUCGCGGCCGUGGAGGCCCGCCUGGUGGAGGUCAUCAACGUCGCCACUCUCUCGCUCUGCCCGAAGCUAAGAAGGCUGCUGAGCUUGCACAACAGAAGAGAACUGCAUCCGGUUUUCAAUUCCCUGCCCCUUCUCCUGGCGCCAGUGGAUCGGAUAACCAGCUAGCCUCGGAUGAUAAGCCUCAGAGCAGCACCUCGCCUGCCCCACAGGGACUUGGUCUGCAGCGUGCUGGUAACAUUCGUUCGGGUGGUGGCCACGGUCGUAGUCAGUCAAUGGCUAUCGGCGGUAGCCGGGGUUCGCUCUCUGGUCGGGGUGCUGGUGGCUUCCAGUUCCCUGCCCCUAGCGACCAGUCUGACAACCAGCGCCGAGGCAGCCAGGCCGGUCAUGCCCGCACUGGAUCCCGGAACUUCGACGGCAACUGGCGUCAGCCGAAUAACCAGAACCAGAGCCAGGAUCAGAACAAACCUUUUGGUCAACAACAACAAGGAGGCGGUUUCCAACCUGGUCACCGCUCUCGCGGUUCUAUGAAUCAGUCGAUGGGCUCCAUCGGCCAAUUUCAGUACCCUGGACAGCCUCAGCUGAUUCAGCUGCCUCAGGGGCAGGUCAUGAUGGCCCCUCCCCAGAUGUUUGGUGGCCAGCAGCUGAACCCUCUUCAGCUUGCUCAGCUUCAGGCUCUCCAGCAGCAACAGAAUGGCCAAGGAAUGGGUGGUCUGCAGGCCAGCCAGCAUGCUCCUCCCCAGCUUUCUGUUCAACAGCAACAGCAGCAGCAGCAGCAGCAGCGCAAGACUCUCAACGGUCAAUUAGUUGCUGGUGUGUUGCGUGUCAACAAAAAGAAUCGCUCGGACGCCUACGUCACCACAAACGAUUUGGAUGCCGACAUCUUCAUCUGUGGUAGCAAGGAUCGUAACCGUGCAUUGGAAGGCGACUUUGUCGCAAUUGAACUGCUCGAUGUGGACGAGGUGUGGGCGCAGAAGAAAGAAAAGGAGGAGAAGAAGAAGCGCAAGGACAUCACUGAUGCCCGUUCUGGUAGCAACGCUGGUAAUGACAAGCUCGGUCGAUCAGACUCCAACGGUGACAGACAGGAAGUCGGUCCGGACGGAAGCAUCCGCCGCCGUGGUAGUCUCCGCCAGCGUCCUACUCAGAAGAAGAACGACGACGUCGAAGUCGAAGGUCAGAGCCUCCUCCUGGUUGAAGAAGAUGAGAUCAGUGAUGAGCAGAAACCUUUGUACGCUGGUCAUGUCGUGGCUGUCAUUGAGCGCAUCGCGGGUCAGAUGUUCUCCGGUACCCUAGGUCUCCUGCGUCCAAGCAGUCAGGCUACUAAGGAGAAGCAGGAGGCUGAACGUCAAGCCAGGGAUGGUGCUCAUGGACGCCACCAAGAUCGUCAUCAGGAUAAGCCUAAGAUUGUUUGGUUUAAGCCUACGGACAAGCGUGUGCCUCUGAUCGCUAUUCCCACCGAGCAAGCUCCACGUGACUUUGUUGAAAAGCACCAGGACUAUGCUAACCGUAUCUUUGUUGCCUCCAUCAAGAGGUGGCCUAUCACUUCUCUGCACCCCUUCGGUACCCUUGUGGAACAACUUGGCGAGAUGGGUGACUUGCGCGUUGAGACUGAUGCUUUGCUUCGUGACAACAACUUUGGUUCAGAUGAAUUCUCCGAUGCCGUCACCAAAAGCAUUGGCUAUGAAGAUUGGUCUAUCGCUAAGGAAGGUGAUGCCUUGGCGACACGUCGUGACUUCCGCGAUGAAACCAUCUUCACAAUUGAUCCUUCGGAUACCAAGGCUCUGGAAGAUGCUUUCCAUGUCAAGAAGCUUGCUGAUGGAAAGAUUGAGAUCGGUGUUCACGUGGCUGACAUCGCCCACUUCGUCAAGGGCAAUUCCCUGGUUGAUCGUGAGGCAAAGAAGCGUGGAACUGCUGUCUACUUGAUGGACCGAGUCAUGAACAUGCUUCCCUCCCGUGUCUCUAAUGAGCUUUGCUCGCUUGUUCCUGGCGAGGAUCGCUUGACCGUCAGCGUUGUUUUCAAUGCCGACAUGGAGACCGGUGCUGUUGACGAUGACGUCUGGAUUGGCAAGGGUAUCAUCAAGAGCGCAGGCCGUCUCAGUUACGAUGAGGUCAAUGCGGUGAUUAACGGCAAGUCGGAUAAGACUGCCGCAGGUAUUUCUACUGACAACAUUGCUUUGAUGAAUGCCAUUGCGCACAAGUUCCGCGACGCUCGAUUUGGCAACCGGGUCGCUAACGUUCCUUCUUUGCGCAUUCUGCAACAGCUUGAUGAUGAGAAUGUGCCCGUGGAGCACAACAUUUUCGAUUCUACCCCAGCUCAUGAACUCGUGGAAGAGUUCAGUCGCCAGGCCAACUACUUCGUGGCUCGCAAGCUUGCCAGUGCUAUGCCUGAAAAGGCAUUCCUGCGUCGCCAGCCCUCUCCCAACCCUCGUCGCCUGACAUUGUUUGUGGAAAGAAUGAACCGCCUGGGCUUUGGUAUGGAUGCUUCCAGCAGCGGUACCUUGCAGAGCACUCUCUGCAAGGUGCAGGAUGUGGAUCUCCGCAAGGGAAUGGAAACUUUGCUUGCGAAGGCCAUGCAGCGUGCCAAGUACUUCGUUGGAUCUGGUGUCGGCGAGGAGCCACGUCUUCAUUACACUUUCAAUGUGCCUGUUUACACUCAUUUCACUAACCCAUCUCGGCGCUACACUGAUAUUAUUGUGCACCGCCAGCUUGAAUCCAUUCUCUCAGAGGGCGCGAUUGAGUUCACCGAUGAUAUUGAAUCAUUGACCAAGACCGCCGACCUCUGCAACAACAAGAAGGAUUCUGCUCACAAUGCCCAGGAGCAGAGCGUUCACAUUGAGGCUUGCCGCAGCAUGGACCGCAAGGUUCAUGAGAUUGGAGGAGAUCUCAUCAGCGAGGGCAUUGUGCUCUGCGUCUACGAGUCCGCAUUCGAUGUUCUCAUCCCCGAAUACGGCUUUGAGAAGCGUGUGCACUGCGACCAGUUACCUCUGAAAAAGGCCGAAUUCCGCAAGGAGAGCCGUGUCCUUGAGCUCUACUGGGAGAAGGGCGUUCCUUCUUCCGCCUACGUUCCUGAGGACGAACGCCCCAAGCCUGCAAACUCUCGUGCUGCUCAGGCUGCUGCUGCUGCUCGCGAGGCUGAGGCUGCUAAGGAGCGCGCUCGUGAACAUGAUGAGGCCAUGCGCAAGCAGACUGAGACCGGUACCAUGUCUGCUGAUGAUGUCGACGCUCUCUUCGACGACGAUGACGAUGUGGAUGAGGUGACUGAAAUGGUUGCUGGUGUGUCUCUCAACUCGGCUGACCGGUCGACCCAGAGCAUGCCUCCGUCGCCCACUCGUAACGGUCACCUCCAGCAGGCACCCCACCGUACUCGGUCCGACCCGAAGAUUGUCUCGAGCACCAGCGAUGCGCCCGAGAGCAAGCUGACAAACAAGGAGAAGUACUUGAAGCUUUUCAAGCUGAGAGAAGAGGAUGGCGAGUUCAUCCAGGACGUCACCGAGAUGUCCCGUGUUCCUAUUAUCCUGAAGACCGAUCUGAGCAAGAGUCCACCUUGCCUCACUGUUCGGUCCGUGAACCCCUACGCUCUGUAG